AUCUUUCCUGUUUUCAUAAUUAAGGAUCAAUAAAUAUAUAUGACAGGUCACAGAUGUUAUGAACCAGCUUCAGUCAACUUGGCUCUCCCUCUUCUCCCUCUCCCUCUCUCUCUCUCUCUCUGUGCAUGAAAAUGCGUGUGCACAACGACAACUGCAAUUAACUUUUUCUUCCCCUCCAAUAAAAUUCUGGGCCUUUUUGGUAGUUUGAGUAGUGCUGCUGCCACUGAGUUUGAGAAUUGAGAUCAGCAAGUACAUACAUCUUUCUCUUGCAGAUAUCGGAGUUCAGAUCUUCGCCGUUGACAUGCUCAGAUCUCUAGCUAGAGAGUUUAAGCUGAACAGCUGCAAUGAUUUUCUCUUGAAGCGAACGAGACUUUUUUCAACUAGAGCUGGUGGUGGCCAUGGAAGAAGCAGGCUACAAGGCAAGGUAGCCCUAAUAACAGGGUCGGCAAGUGGGCUUGGGAAGGCCACGGCCCACGAGUUCAUCCAACAAGGGGCGCACGUGAUCAUUGCAGACACAGAUUCUGAGCUGGGUCAACAAGUCGCCAAAGAGCUGGGCCCAGCAGCCCACUUUGUCCAAUGCGACGUCUCAGUGGAGUCCCAGAUAGCAGAAGCUGUAGAAACCGCCGUGGCCCGGCAUGGGAAACUCGACAUAAUGUACAACAACGCGGGCAUAACAGGGCCAGCGUUCCCGCCCAGCAUCGCCGACCUCGACCUCGAGGAGUUUGACCGCGUGAUGCGGGUCAACGUGCGUGGUGCGGUGGCAGGGAUGAAGCAUGCGGCUCGAGUGAUGGUACCUGCGGGCGCAGGGUCCAUACUGUGCACAUCAAGCAUAAGUGGGAUCCUUGGUGGGCUGGGGCCCCACCCCUACUCGGUAUCGAAAUUUACAAUACCGGGGCUGGUGAAGUCGGUGGCGAGCGAGCUGUGCCGAAGUGGGGUGCGAGUGAACUGCAUAUCGCCGGGUCCGAUUCCGACGGAGAUGUCGGUGCGGGAGAUAGGGCAGUUUUAUCCGGGUGCGACGCGGGAGCAGGUGAUAGAGAUUGUGAAUGGGGUUGGGGAGCUGAAGGGUGCAAAGUGUGAGGAAAAAGAUGUGGCGCAAGCGGCGGUGUAUCUGGCGUCGGAUGAAGCAAAGUAUGUGACGGGUCAUAACCUAGUGGUGGAUGGAGGCUUUACCUGCUUCAAAACUCUUAGCUUCCCUCCUCCGGAUCAAUUUGUGUGAUUGCUUUAUGUAACAAGUAAUAGGGUAUAUUAUCACCUUUCUUUCACCAAUAUUAAAGUCAAGUUGU